AUGAGUCAGAACGACAAUCGCGCUCAGCGUCAGCGUGAGCAAGACGAACGCCGGCUCUCAAUUGAACGCAACAACGCGUACUUUUCCUACGUCUCACCGAUAAUCCCCCCGACAACGCAGACAUCGAGCGCUCCGACACAAGCCCCGCUACCUCCAACAAAAACAGCUGGAGCUAUACCGACAGCCCGCUAUAUUUCGUCGCCCGCUGCACCCGCUCACGCUCUGACUGAGUCAGCGAAACGAAAACCCCAAGCAACAAACGGUACUGCUGCACUACCAGCAAAACAUAACGAAAACGUAAACAAAAAAGCUGGGUCGACCUGGCAGACUGGAAUGGACCGCUACAUUACAAUAAAGCGAAAGCUCAGCCCGGAAAAUGCAGAUUUGAAAAAUACACGCGACAACUCUACCCUGAUCAACAAUGUAGCACCCGCAAAUACCAACAGAUUUGCCUUGCUGGCAGAUACCGCAGAGGACGUUCCGCAGGGAUCCGUUGACAUUGAACCGAAGAAAACAAAGCCUCCGCCAAUAUAUAUCCGCGAGAAGAGCACAAACAAAAACUGA